AUGGAUUUUGAUUUCAACAGUUAGAAUAUUAUCUUGCAUAUAUUAUUAUCUAAAUCCCUAUGGUUUUAUUUACAUAUAACUGUAAAAUAUACAUAUUUUCUUUGUCUUGCCAUCCCAUUUAAGUCGUUCAUUAUCCUCAUAUCAGUUCAAGUUAUGGUUUCUUUCAUAACAUUCCUGCUAAAUAAUCGAGAGUAAUUUCGUAGUUUAUUUUUCUAAUAAUAAAAAUAGUAGACUUUUAUACAAGUAGGUUUUUCAAUUGGAAAACAAUAGCAAUAAGAGUUGAAACUAAUUGUAUAUCCCUAAAAUCGAUAAUUUUGUGCAUAUUCUAUAAAAUUUUAUCACAUCUAAGACUAGGAUGUUACCAAAGAAAAUUCACGCAUCAAAAGAUGGAAAUUGAUUCAGAAACCAAGCAAGGAGUAUUAUAUUCUUAUGAUGAUACAAAUAAUUCCAAUAAUCAGUUGA